UUUCGUUUUUUUUUUCGACGAAAAGGCAGGAGAGCUCGUGAUCGUUUCCUCUCACAUAAACCCUCCGUUAAACCCUGCAAACACUUACACACAUUUUUAUACAAUUACAUUUUGUUUUUAGUGAAACUUAUAGAGAAAUUCUUCUUCGUGCCCCAAAAUGGCGUUGGCGAGAAUAGCUAGAAACGGUUGCCAACAAUCCGGAGGUGCAACAGGUAGAUAUGCUAGAGUAGGGAGCAUGCUCGGUGAGGAAUUAUCAUCUGUGAGCAAGUCUCAUUCACCUUUCAGUGGAAGAUUCACAGCUUUCAACCAAAAUGUCACACCACAUAGCAGCAAUCUUCCGUUUUUCUCGACCACUGGUGGGCUUCCCACUGCAGCUCUUGGCAGUAGGGGGCUGAGGACAACCCCUCGAUAUGAAUAUGCUCACGCACAAGCUGCAGUCGAGGAAUCUGAUUCAGAAUGUGAGAAUCUUAAGUAUCCUACCCUUGAAGCAACAAAGCCCAGUGAGAAGCCUCGGGUGGUUGUUAUUGGCAGUGGGUGGGCUGCGUUUCGAUUCCUUAAAGGGCUCAACACCAAGGUAUAUGACAUUGUUUGUAUAUCGCCUAGGAAUCACAUGGUCUUCACGCCUUUGCUUGCCUCAACUUGCGUCGGAACCUUGGAGUUCCGUUCAGUAGCAGAGCCUGUUAAUCAGAUACAGAGCCUGUUAAAGUCACUCUCGCUCCCCAAGGCUCCCGGUGGAAGGAUUGGUAUCGAUGACUGGCUUCGAGUCCCAUCAGUCGAAGAUGUGUUCGCCAUUGGUGACUGCGCUGGAUUUGUUGAAGGGGUCGGGAGGCCAGUGCUUCCCGCUCUAGCUCAGGUUGCGGAGCGGCAAGGGAAGUAUCUAGUUGAGCUGUUCAACAGAGUAGGGAAACAGGGAGGAAAGGCCUCAUCCGGCAAAGAUAUUCCUCUGGGUGACCCGUUCGUCUACAAGCAUCUCAGAAGCAUGGCGUCUGUGGGACGCUACAAAGCCUUGGUCGAUCUCCGCCAGUCCAAGGAUGCAAAGGGUUUAUCACUAGCUGGCUUCCUAAGCUGGUUCAUCUGGCGCUCGGCCUAUCUCACGCGAGUGAUCAGCUGGAGAAACAGAUUUUACGUUGCCGUCAACUGGGCAACCACACUCGUUUUCGGCAGAGACAACUCCAGGAUCUAAUGUUGCAGCAUCUACCACAACUUGAAUUCUAUGAUGUUCUAUUUCUCUAAACUGUGUGCAAAAGAAAACACAUUGAGCAGCAGAAGCAUGCCCAUGUCAUAUAAACUAAAUAUUCACAAGUUCGAUAAAUUUAUUUCGUUAUGUCGUCA